AGACCAAAUUACUGUGGUGAGGAUUUCAUUUAUAUUCAGAUCAAGAUGGCUCCAGUCCACGGUCGUUUCUCACAGUCAUUGUGGAGGAGGGGGAUGGGGAUCCCUGUUCUCUUUGCAGCAAGCAGCAUCGCUACUUGAUUAUUGAGAAUUUUAAUUGUUCCCUUAAAAUAUCUUAUUGCAGCUUAGGUUCUGAUAUCGAGAGAUCAAUGGGUUUUCGGGCAUGGUUAAGACAAGUGCUGCGGACGAUACAAGAGAAAGUAGAUCAUUUUCUGGGUCGAGGUGUGAGACCAGAAGAUGAACCCAAUAUAUCAGGUGAUAAUGGAACUGGAACUGGAACUGGAUCGGGAAAUGAAGAAUCUCCCCAGUCCCCGAAAUCAUGCAUUUGUCAAAGACCAUGGGUUCCCAGGCAGCCUUCUCCUCAUCUGCCUGAGACAAACAAAGAAUUUUACGUAGAACAAGGCGUGCCACUUUAUAGGGCCACACUAAAUGGUGACAGGGAAAAGUUGCAACAAAUUCUAAACCCAUAUGGCAGAACACUUUUAUGUUCCAGCAUCACGGGGGCACGUGAAACAGCUCUUCAUGUUGCGGUAGAAGCAAGACAGGUUGCCGUCGUAAAGGAAUUGGUGGGAAGAAUGGAAUCGGGAGACUUGGAACUGCAAGAUGGCAGGGGGAACACUGCCUUCUGCGUCGCGGCCGCGACCGGCAGUGUUAAUAUUGCAAAGAUUUUGAUGGACGAGAAUGCGGACCUUGCAUUCAUCCGAGGUGCCGAAAACAGGACACCACUCUACAUUGCUGCGGUGUGUGGAUAUCCUGAAAUGCUUCGGUUUCUAUACAAAAAAUUCGAGCCGCAUAUACCUUGUCUGCACGAGGAGGAGCAACGAGGCAUUUUCUUCGCUUGCAUUCGGGCUGGUUUGUUUGGUAAGCAUAACACUUUGUAG